AUGGCAAUGAGAGGUCAACGACCAAAAUUAAGAGCAGAGAUAAAUGUCUGAAAAGACGGGGUUAAGCUCAGGAAAUCGAGUGAAUUACGAGGAGAUUUCAUUAGAACUCGUAGGAAGAGGUUGCCUGUCGAAAAAGUCCGAAAAAAUUCUGACAUCUGGAGGCUCUUCUAACGAAAUUUAUCUUGAUACGAUUUCUUACAUAUUAUUACGGGAAGAAAGCACGUUAUUAGUGGCAGAAUUGUGUUAUCCUGUUCUUUGUAUGUUUGUUGUUCGUUGGGAGCGUUUUUACGGGGAAAAAAUGGGAGAAAUUAUGAGUGCAUAUGCGAAAUUACUUCCUGUUAAGAGGUCAUUAAAACCAUAUGCUGUAAAAGCGCUUAGUGGAUCGAGGAUAUUUAUUGAUCCUUUAAAUAUUGUAUAUGAUAUGGAGAAAGAGGGAGAAAAUAGAAAAUGGGUAUCAUAUGUUGUAAAGCAUUUGAUUACGAUAUAUCGAUUGAUUAUUUUUGAUUGUGAAGUUUUUUCGAGUUUUAUUUCGAUUUCUCAUAUCUGGCCUUUUCUGUUUUCAGAGUCACGUAUUGUACGAUUUCUUAGUGUGGAAAUUUUAUGUAUAUUACUUUGUUUAUCGAGUGCUAAAAGGGAGGAAUUGUUAUCAUUGUAUGUUGGUGAAGGAUCAAUUGAUUAUUUAUAUUCAGGGAAAAUUAUAGAUUAUUAUUUUUUUUGUUUAUUUGAAAAUGAAUCAAAAAUGUUGUUUCUGGAUAGAAUUUCUAAACGCAAUUAUUUUUCAAAGGAUGGAAUUCGUAUUAUUCAUGACUCUGAUCAGUCCGAUUUAUUAGUAUCUAUAUCUGGUAUUUAUUUUCCAAGAACAAAACCUACACUUUUUGAAGAUUCAUGUUUUUGUAUGACACCUAUUUCCCGAAAAAAUAUGGAAAAUUUUGCAACAGCUCUGUUAAGUCAGAAACCUGUUCUUCUUUUAGGUUCAUAUGGAAUUGGCAAAACAUUUAUGGUUGAAAAUGUUGCUAAAAUGCUUGGAAAAUAUGAGGAUUUAGUACGUAUAUAUUUGAGUGAUCAAAUGGAUAUGAGAAGUUUGAUUGGAACUUAUAUAAGUUCAACACCUGGCGCUUUUGAGUGGAAACCUGGAGUUCUUACUAGGGCUGUUCAGGAAGGAAGAUAUGUAUUAAUUGAAGAUAUUGAUAAGGCACCCAAUGAUAUUAUAAGUGUUCUUUUACCGUUAUUGGAAAGAAAUGAACUUGAAAUUCCUAGUAGAGGUGAAAAAAUAAAUGCUGAUUUUGGUUUUCAGAUAAUAGCGACUAUGUCAAUAAAUAUUUAUCAAAAAUCUGAUGUAAAAUUUUUAGGGAAUAGAUUAUGGGAAAUUGUUAAUAUUGAUGAGAUUCCAAUGACAGAAUUGUCAGAGUUAAUUUGUUCGAAAUUUCCGGUUUUAAAAAAGCUAUCUCAAAAGAUUAUCGAAGUAUAUGGUGUUGUUGUUGCUAUAUACAAUGAUCCUGUGUUUCAUUCUUUAAGUAAAAUAGCUUUUAAGAGAAUUGUUUCAAUGAGGGAUUUAAUAAAAUGGUCUAAACGCAUUCUUUAUUUUUUAAAUAAUUCUAGGAUUACUUUAGAAGAUGAUUAUAUUUCUCAAGAUGUUAUUGAUAGCAUGUUUUAUAAUGCAGUAGAUUGUUUUUCUGGUAUGAUACAAACAAGCUCUGGAAAGUCCUUUAUUAUUCAAAAAAUUGCUGAAACUCUUGGUUAUUCAUCUGAUUGGACCGAAUUUCAUAUUAAAUCAUAUAUUCCAAAGUAUGAGGAUUUUGAUGAUUAUAUUAAAGUUGGAAGAAUCAAUAUUCAAAAAUCACCUGACUAUAUAAUUUCUCGUCUUGAUCGUCAUUUUACUUUUACAUCCCCUGUAUUAAGACUACUUGAACAAUUAGGAGCUUCAGUAGAGUGUGGAGAACAUGUAUUAUUGGUUGGUGAAACAGGAACAGGAAAAACUACAACCAUUCAGUAUUUUGCUAAUAUUCUUGGUCGCGAGUUAAUAAUUGUUAAUAUGUCUCAACAAACGGAAAAUGCUGAUCUCCUUGGUGGAUUCAAGCCAAUUGAUCUAAAAACUGUUUCUGCUUCCUUGAAGAAUCAAUUUGAUGAUAUUUUUAGUACUAUGUUUUCAACACAAAAAAACUUUAAAUUUCUUGAAGCAACUCAGAAGGCAUAUUCUAACAAAAAAUGGAAAUAUAUGGUUCGCUUGUUCACUGUAGCAAUUGAUAUGGCACAGAAACGGCUUUCAUUAUUUCAUGAUAAUGAAAAAAUUGAUGAAAUGACUCGCAUUUCUCAUAAAAAAAGACGAUGGCUUGAUCCAGAAUUGAAGAAGAAAUUGAUGUCGUUUUCUUGUAAUUUGGCUAAUUUUGAAAAAUAUGUUUUAAAUAAUCCUAAUUGCUUUUUUUUUGAUUUUGUAGAAGGACCUUUAACUAAAGCUGUUAAAAAUGGUAGUUGGAUUUUAUUGGAUGAAAUUAAUUUAGCAGAAUCGGGUGUCCUUGAGAAUAUUACUUGUAUUUUGCAGGAAAAUGGGUCUAUUCUUUUAUCAGAAAAAGGUGAUAUUCAACCUAUCUAUCCUCAUCCUAAUUUUCGUUUGUUUGCAUGUAUGAAUCCUGUUACAGAUAUUGGAAGGCAUGAUUUAUCAUUAUCUUUGAGAUCAAGAUUUACAGAAUUCUAUGUUUAUUCUCCUGAUGAAAAUUUCAAUGAUUUGCUAGCUAUAGUUCAUAAAUAUAUAGGGCAUCUUAGUUUUUCAGAUCAAAAGGUUUUAUAUGAUGUUGCUCAGCUUCAUUUGAAAGCAAAACAGUUAGAAGAGGAAAAUCGUUUAAUUGAUUCUGCUGGCCAGAAACCUUAUUAUAAUAUUAGAACAUUAACUCGAACAUUAAUGUAUGUAAAUGAGAUUUAUCAUUUAUAUGGAUUACACAGAUCUCUUUAUGAAGGAUUUUGCAUGCUAUAUCUAACUUUAUUGGAGAGUAAAAGUGAGGAAAUUCUUCAUCCUAUUAUUAAACAAUAUACAUUCAAUCAUGUAAAGAAUUUGAAAUCCUUAAUUUCACAGAUUCCUAAAAGGCCUUCUAAUGGUGAUUAUAUACAAUUUAAGCACUAUUGGAUGCCUAUAGGAAACUAUGAAAUACAAAAGGAUGAUGAUUAUAUUAUAACACAAACUAUUGAGAAGAAUAUGUUGAAUCUUAUAAGAGCUAUAACAACAAGGAAAUUUCCUGUUUUGAUUCAAGGGCCAACUUCAAGUGGAAAAACAAGCAUGAUUGAAUAUAUUUCUAAGUUGACAGGUAAUAAAUUUGUAAGAAUUAAUAAUCAUGAACACAUUGAACUUCAAGAGUAUUUUGGUGCUUAUGUUUCUGAUGAUUUUGGGAAUUUAGGAUUUAAGGAGGGGAUCAUGGUAGAAGCAUUGCGCAAUGGAUAUUGGAUUGUAUUGGAUGAAUUGAAUUUAGCACCUUCAGAAGUUCUUGAGGCGCUUAAUCGAUUAUUAGAUGAUAAUAGAGAAUUAUUCAUACUCGAAACUCAAGAAACUGUCAAGCCUCAUCCUCAUUUUAUGUUAUUUGCUACUCAAAAUCCUCCUGGCAUUUAUGGUGGACGAAAACGUUUAUCUCGUGCAUUUCGUAAUAGAUUUUUAGAGCUACAUUAUGAUAAUAUACCCCAAGAUGAACUCAAAACCAUUAUAUGUAAUCGAUGUCGUAUACCUCCUUCAUAUAGUAUGAAAAUGGUUGAAGUAUAUAAGAAAUUGUCUUUACAACGUGAAUCAUCUCGAAUAUUUGAACAGAAAAGUAGUUUUAUGACUUUGCGUGACUUAUUUCGUUGGGCUAGUAGAAAUUAUACUAAUUAUCAGGAAUUUGUAAAUAAUGGAUAUAUGUUAUUGGGAGAACGAGUACGAAAAAUUGAUGAGAAAGUCAUUGUUAAAGAAGCAAUUGAAGCUGUUAUGAAAGUUAAAAUAGAUGAAAAUGAAUUAUAUAAUUUUGAUGAUAUGGGGAAAUGUAUAUCUACUGAUAAUUUUCCUGAUUUAGAUGGAAUUGUUUGGACUAACGCUAUGAAAAGAUUAUUUCGAUUGGUUUCCUUAGCGUUAGAAAAUAAUGAGCCUGUACUUCUUGUUGGAGAAACAGGUACUGGAAAAACAAGUAUUUGCCAAGCAAUUGCUAAGAAUUGCUCUUCGUUUUUACAUAUUGUAAAUGUUCAUCAAAAUACUGAAUCAGGUGAUAUUAUUGGAACUCAAAGACCUGUAAGAAAUAAGGAUAUUAUUUGCAAAAGGCUAUAUGAUAAUAUUUCAAAAUUAUUGGUAUAUCUUAAUUCUAUGAAUUUUAAUAAUAAUCAAUCUGCUACUUUAUCAGAUUUAGUAACAGAAUUUUUGAGUUUAGAUAUUAAUGAUAUUAAAAGAAACCUAAAGGAUAUUGUUUAUGAGGAUAUUAUUGAUCUUAUUGAAAAGGAUCUUAAGCAAUAUAAGAAAUUAUUUGAUUGGUAUGAUGGUGCUUUAGUAAAAGCAAUGAAGUGUGGGGAAUAUUUUCUACUUGAUGAAAUAUCUCUUGCUGAUGAUUCUGUUUUGGAAAGACUUAAUAGCGUUUUAGAGACUUCUCGUACAAUUACUUUAGCUGAGAAAUCUGUUGAUGAAAAUCUAAUAAAAGCAAAAGAUGGUUUUAAAUUUAUGGCUACAAUGAAUCCUGGUAGUGAUUAUGGGAAAAGGGAGCUUUCUCCAGCUUUACGAAAUAGAUUUACUGAAAUUUGGGUUCCUUCAGGAUAUGAUGAAGAAGAUGUUUUAAAAAUUGUUUCUUCAAAGCUUAAAGAUAGUUUUUGCAUGUAUUCAAAAGCAUUUGUUUUAUUUUCUUUUUGGUUUCAGAGGAAAUUUUCAUCACAUUUAUCAAUUUCUAUAUCAAUUAGGGAUAUAUUAACAUGGAUUGACUAUGUAAAUUUGUCUAAUAUUCAUACUUCAAUGACUCAUCAUAUUUUGCAUGGUGCUGCUUUGGUUUAUAUUGAUAAAAUAGGUGUAAAUAUGGGAUUUUUGUCUGGCCUAACUAAAGAUCUAAUUCGAGAGAAAAAGCUUGAGUCUGUUGAUUAUCUUUCCAACUUGAUAGGUGAAGAUUUACGAGAAGAAUUUUCAAAAGUUCCUCAGGUGAUUAUUGAUAAAGAAGUUUUAAAGAUUGGUUCCUUCUCUAUACUACGUGGACCUAAUAUUUCUGAUUAUUCAUCUUAUAGCUUUAAUUCUCCUACAACAUCUUAUAAUGCAAUGCGAAUUCUACGAGCAAUGCAAACAUCUAGGCCUAUUUUACUUGAAGGAAGUCCCGGUGUAGGAAAAACAUCUCUUAUAUCUGCUAUUGCUUCUGUUGUUGGCUUUCAAUUAACAAGAAUAAAUUUAUCUGAGCAGACUGAUUUGAUGGAUUUGUUUGGUUCUGAUCUUCCUGUAGACGAUGAAGCUACGAAAUUUGCUUGGCAUGAUGGACCUUUCUUACAAGCUAUGAAAAAUGGUUAUUGGGUACUUCUUGAUGAAAUGAAUUUAGCAUCGCAAUCUAUUUUAGAAGGGCUUAACGCUUGUCUUGAUCAUAGAGCUCAAGCUUUUAUACCAGAAUUGAAUCAAACAUUUGCUUGUCAUCCUUCAUUUAGAGUUUUUGCUGCUCAAAAUCCACAUUCUCAGGGUUGUGGUCGUAAAGGAUUACCAAAAUCGUUUAUAAACAGGUUUGUAGUCGUUUAUAUUGAAGAAUUGUCGCCCCAGGAUUUAUUGUUUAUCUGUGAUCAUGCUUUUCCUAAUGAAGAUUUAUUGAUAAAAAAGAAAAUUGUAUCAUUUAUUGGAAGACUUAAUGAUGAAUUGUCUCGAAAUCGCACUUUUGGAAUAUACGGUAGUCCUUGGGAGUUUAACUUGAGGGACAUAUUGAGAUGGCUUGAAAUUCUUCAAUAUAGAAAAUUAAAUUUACAUAAAAAUGAUCCUUCUGAAUUUCUUGAUAUAAUUAUAAAACAAAAAUUUAGAACAAUUGAAGAUCGAAAAAUUGUUGAUACAAUCUAUGAAGAGAUCUUUGGAAAUCCUUCAUUUACUCGAAAUUUAUAUUAUAGACUUAGCUUGAAUUUUUUACAAGUUGGACAUGCAUUGUUACCCAGAAAUUCCAGCUUAAAAUAUAAUAAGGAUUUCUUUUUUAAUAUUUCUACUAGUCACUUGAAGGUUAUUGAAAGUUUAAUUUCUUGUAUUCAAUUUAAUUGGCCAUGUAUUUUAGUAGGGCCACCUGCUUCUGGGAAAACUUUUUUAAUUAGAUUUCUUUCUUUUAUUUCAGGAUCAAAACUUGUGGAAUUUUCUAUCAAUAAUGAUAUAGAUACAAUGGAUAUUGUGGGUGGAUUUGAACAAAUGGAUUUGAUUUUGGAAUUGAAUAAAUUUAUUAUUACUAUUGAGGAAUUUUGUAAUGAUAGAUUACGCUCAUUAAUAGUCUUACCUCAAGAGGAAAAUCUGAAAUAUGUGGGUAUUUAUAGUCGUAUAUUGGAAUUGAUAAGGGUACAAGGAAGACAUACUAUAUCUCAUUACCGUAAAUUUUUGUCAGAUUUGGUAUUAUUAUUUACAGAAUUGUCUAAUAUGUCUAUGAUUUGUGAUUCCUUGUUCCAACAAAUCUUUCAGAGAUUAAAAGAAUAUGUGUUAGUUGAUGAUACAUACAAACCAUCCCAGUUUAAAUGGUUUGAUAGUAUUUUACUUCAGGCUGUGGAAAAUGGCUAUUGGCUUCUUUUAGAUAAUGCUAAUUUGUGUAAUUCUUCUGUAUUAGAUCGUCUUAAUUCUCUUAUGGAACCUAAUGGGAAUCUUGUUUUGAAUGAAAGGAAUUCUCUUAAUGGAAGUCCUUUUUUAAUAAAAUCUCAUCCAAAUUUUCGAGUUUUCUUGACAAUGGAUCCUGCUAAUGGCGAGCUUUCUAGGGCAAUGAGGAAUAGAUGUAUUGAAAUCUUCUGUGAUAAAGUUGUUUUAGAUGAUAAUAUGGGAUCAAUUUGUGUUUCAUCUAAACCUAACUAUAAUGAUUUUAUUCUCUUUACCAUUUUACCUUCAUUUAUGUUUAAUCAUUUUUAUUUGUAUGGGAAGAUUUUAAAAAGAUAUCAUUCACAGAAAAAUGUUUUUAUAUUGGGUGAUAUAUUUCUAGAAUAUAUUCCUAUAAAACAUAUAGAUCUUUUGAAAAGUUGGUACUUAUCUUAUGUAAUCCAGAGUGGCAUGUUUUCACAAAUAAAAAAAGAGGACAUUUUAAACUUAAUUCAUAAAUGUUUUGAGUUUCAAAAGUCUUCUCUUUAUCAAAUGAUCUAUGAUUUUUAUAAAAAUACUAUUCAUGGCUUAGAUUUCCUUGAGGAUUUUAUAAAUAUUCAGCCAUUGUAUCCUUUAGGUAAUCCAUAUAUUGAAAAUAUGUUUUUGGGCUCAUCAUCUUGCUUGUAUCCUACUCAAUUAUGCUCUAGGCAUAUCAAAUUAUCUUAUUUGUAUAAUUUAUUUUCAAAAUAUCUGGAUUUAAAGAUUAUUCUUGAAACUGUUCAAGAAAGGUCUCGCAAUAUUUUGGAGAUAGAUAUGACAGUAUUAGAGAAAUCAUAUAUGAACUUACACCACAAUGACAUGGAUUCAUUAUUCCAUAUUAAUCCUUUUCAUUUUUUAUCAUCUCUCUUAAAUGAAAUAGGUUCACUUUUGAUUAAUGGAGAUUUUGAUUAUGUAAAUGAGGAAUUUACUGAAGCUAUUCUGGAAUUGGUUAAUAUUUGGCGUCACAUUUAUGAAUUUACAAACUUUCCACUUAUUGAAUAUACUAAAUAUCAUGUUUAUAAUGAUAAUUUGAGAGAAUGGAAUAGAAAAUAUGAAUCUCUUUUGCCGGUUGAUUCUAGAAAGCGUUUUCAUCAAUUAAUUGAAUUAUUUAAUUUGAAUCUUGAACUUAAGACAGGGUUUUCAAUGGAAAAUAUUUGGAAAAAAGUAAGGCCUAGUGUUCCAAAAUCUGAAUAUACAUGGUCUGUGUAUAAAGAAUUGACAUCAUACAUGAAUAAGUUUGAUAAUAGUCUUCAAUAUAAUGUAGAUACAUUUAAUAUAAUAUUAAAUAUUAGGACCUUGUUUUUGGAGAAUUGCUAUUUUGUUCUUACUUUUUCUGAUAAUAUUGAAGAAAAUCCAUCAAAAAAUGAUUCUUUUCAGAUCAAUUUCAAAAUUCAAGAUUUUAUAGAGAAAUUGCACAAUAAUAUGAAUAGAAUCGACAUUCACUCUAACUCUAAUGUUAAAUCUGGGUAUUUUCAUAGAAUUGAUGAAUCUUUUAACGUUAUAUUUUCUUGUAUGGAAGUUUAUCUAAUAAAUCAUAUUUUUAAGUUUGGUAUUAUUUCUAAGGAAAUGUAUGAUAUGGUUAUUACUUUAAGUGCAUGGACUGAUAGGAGUUCUAUUUCUUUAAUUCCCUAUGUUAUUACAUAUAAAGGAACAGUUACAAAUGAAUCUUUAAUGUUUCAACUCUUCGAUUCAUAUUUCACUAUUACAGAUAUGCCUUCUUCAUCAUCUGAACAAUUUGAAUCAUUACUAGAAUCACCUUCUGCAUUUAUUUUUUUUGGAAGACCAAUAAGAACAAUUGCAAUGGCUAUUUAUAAUAUAAAAAAUGCAUUAUUUCAGGAUUUUGAGAAGAUGAAAUCCUGUUUAUCAAAUUUAGUUUCUCAAGUAUUCCAAUAUACUUUGUAUAUUAAAAAUGAUAAAAUUAUGUUGUUUGUUGAAAUAUUUAUUAGAAAAAUUAUUCAGGUUUUUAGCAUGCAUAAAUCUUUAUAUUCUUUGGAAGAUUAUCAAGUUAUCUUAAUUAUUUUGAAAGAAUUCUUGGAUUUUACAUCUUGUAAUCAAAAGGAAAAUAUUAUUAAAAAUCUUGAUGAAUUAAAAAAAGAAUUGCAAAAAACACAUUGUGAGAAAUUGAAAAUGGUCAUUAACACAUACUUUAUACCGUCUUUAUCAAUUAUAUGUUCGAUUUUGGAAAAUAUGCAGGCCACAGAAUCUGAACUUGUAUUAAAACUUGGGAAGGCUUUUAUUUUCUUUGAAUUAGGAUUUCUUUAUUUAUAUGUUCCAAAUAUACCCUAUGAUCCAGCAAUUUUUCCUAUAGUUCAAAUGGAGCUUCAUAAAAAGGAAUUGGAAGAUAUUUCUAAUGAAAUUCUUUUGAGAAAAUUAUAUGAGAAUGAAUUCACUGGUAGCACUGACAAUUCUUCUAUAAAGAAAUUGCAGACACGUUAUCAAAAUUUAGAGUCAAAAAAGAUAGAUUUGCCACAUGUUUAUCGCCCUUGUGUUUCUGAUAUUAUUAGUAUUUAUAGAGAAUUUGAGAAACUGUUGAAAAUGUUUAUUAUUGAUCAAUCAUUGGAAAAUAUUAUUAAGAAUUUUGAAAAUGACAAUGUUAGUGCUGUCUUUCAAUUGAAUACUAUACAGAAAACUAUAUAUCAGCUAAUAAAUCGUCUGGAGUCAUAUUUAUAUUAUGCAGAUAUUUUAAAACCUAUAUGUGGAUCAUUAAAGACUAUAAAUUUUGCAUUGGUUCUUAUAAAGAAAGGAGAAAUGUUUUCAAAAUGCUUGUCUGAAGAUUUAACUAUGAAAAUAUUUUUAAAUCUUUUUGAUAUUGAUACUAUAUUGACUAAACCUCUUGAUAUUAGUUUUAUAAUGUUGUUUCUGGAGGAAGUUUCUAAAUACAAACUUAAUAAGGUGUUUGUGGAUCGCUUUAUGAUAUUUUGUUUUAAGAAACUUUGCUUUUUCAAGAGAUCUUUACUUUUGGAUGAAUCUUUUAAUUAUAUGGAAAUCAUUGAUUAUAUUUUUCUAUAUUUUUAUUCAAAAUGGGCUAUUAAGAGAGAUGAAAAGAUAAAAGAGGAACUAGAAAAAGAAUCUGUAUACAAAAUAUCUCGUUCUCAAGAAAAUACUGCUGAAUAUCCAUUUUUAUUUCCUGAAUUUGAAAGUAUAGAAAGUGAAACUGAAUAUAAAUCCUCAAAAAUAGAUUAUGAUAAUCAAUGUUAUAUAGAAUUAAUGGUGGUUUAUAGAAAGUUUUUUAAUGAAUCUGAGCCUCUAAUUUCUUCUUCUGAAUUGGUUAAUUCUGCAUUGAAUCUUGGAAUAGAGCUAUUAACUUUAGAAACUUUAAAUAUUAAUUCCAAAGUAAAUAAUAUAGCUCUUUCAUCAUUGAUAUAUUAUAUGAGAGGUAUAAUUGAGGAUUCAAAUUUCACAUUACCAAUAUUACAAAAUUCUGAUGAUUGGAUAUAUAAUUUUUAUGGUGAUCCUAAUAUUAAAGAGUCUCUUAAGCUUAUUCCAAUACUUAAGGAUUUAAAGCUUAAAGUAGAGCAACUCUUUGAAGAAAAUCCAGAAAAUUUUCUUCUUCAUGAGAUAAUAAACCGUUCAGAUAUUAUUUUAAAAUUAGGAAUAGAAACUCCUCUUUCUCAAAUACUUAUAGCACUGGAACAAUUAUAUAGUACAAUUGAUGAAUGGAAAACAAUUGCAGGUUCUGAAUGUUCACUUGAUAUUAAUAUGGAAAAUAUAAAGAAUUUAAUUAUAACAUGGAGAAAAUAUGAAUUAAGUUGUUGGAAUGAUUUAUUUAAAUUAGAAGAUAAAAAGAAAAAUGAUGAAAUGGCAACUUCUUGGUUUUAUCUUUAUGAGAAUUUGAUUUAUAAAAAGUUUACAUCUUCAUUAUCAAUUGAUGAUUUAGAAAAGUAUAGAAAUGAAUUGGUAUCUUUAUUGGAGCAAUUUAUAAUUAGUUCUCCUCUGGGACAGUUUGAGCAACGUUUAGAACUCAUUCAUAGCUUUUCAUGUCAUUUAGAUGUUAUUGAAAAGACUGAAUUCUCGGAAAAAAGGAUUCUAUUUGCUCUUAAAAAUCUUGUUGCAUUGUAUUCAUCAUAUUUACCUAAAAUUCGAAAUGCAAUUCAUCAAGGAAAAGGUCCUUUGGAGAAGAGUAUAAGAGAAACUAUUCAAUUGAUGAGCUGGAAAGACACUAAUGUUUUUGUUUUAAGGGAAAGUGCAAGAAAGUCACAUAGAUCUUUAUAUAAAAUCGUUAAAAAAUAUAGAGAACUUAUUUCUAUGUCUUCUUUCUCUGUUUUAACUGAACCAUGUACAGAAUCAUUGUUACUAAAUUUUCAACAUAAUAAUUCUUGUGAUCUUUAUCAAUUGCAAUUGGUAUUUGUCAAUGAGGAAUUGUUAAAAUGGUCUUUAGAUCAUUGUAAAUCUGUUAAUCUUACAAAUCGUCUAGAUGCUCUACCUAGACAUAGAAAUAUUAUGAAUACUGUUCGAAAUAUGUGGUCUAUUGUUAUUCAGAAAUAUGGGCAGGAUUUGACUUCUAAUGAGAAUCCAUUUGAAUUAUUUGUAAUAGAUGUUGUUGAGAAUAUGAAGGAAUUACAAAAUCUUACGCCAAGUUCUAUGGAUAAUGUUUUAAAAUCAGAAAUAAGCCACUUAAAAACAAGAAAAAAGAAGCUUUUUUUUGAUACACUUUCUGAAUUAAAGAGAUUGGGUCUUAAAACAAAUCCAAGUAUGCCUGUUGUUAACAAGGUUACCAAUAUUAAUGAUUUAUUAACAAGUAUUCCAUAUUAUGAUAUUAAAUUAAAAAAUGAAGAAAGUGCUUCGUCUUUAAGGACAAUUAAUGAACAUUUUUAUCAGCUUCUUACUUUUAUUACUAGAAUUCAUCAAUCUCAAGGUAAAUGUCCUAAUGAUAUAAGUCUAAAUGAGAUUUCUCGUUCAUGUGGGCUAAUGAAUUCAUUGUUUUAUAUACUUUUGCUGGAAAGAUCAGCUUUUAUGAAGACUUUAUUUGAGAUACAGCGUAUUGAAAGGAAUUUGUGUAUAUUAUCUUUUUUGGAAACUAUGACAUUUGAAGAAAACAUUUCAUUUAUAAAAAAUUAUAGAAAAACUAAAUACAUAUAUGAUAGAUCUAGAUCAUUUUUGAAGCAUAUGCAAAAUAUUAUUACAAUUUUGGAGGAUAUUCGAGUUAUGCAUUUGAAUACAUGUUUUAUUUCAUUAUUGCAUGGAUUGAAGGAUGAUUUUAAUUUAAUUAAUAAUGAUAUUGGAAAUUUUAUUGCUGAAUUUGAAUCUUUGGGCGGGUUAAAUAGGCUUGUUAUUGAUAAAUUUUGUGAUACUUUUGUUUCUAAUUUUAUGGCAUGGAUGGAAAAAAUAUAUGAAAAGAUGUUUUCAUAUUCUAUUCAAUCUACACCUUGUGCAUAUCUUGUUACUCCCAUUCUUACUUGGAUCAAGGAUAACAUGGAUUUUUUAAGAUUGGUUCAUUUAGAUGUUUCUGAAAAUCAAGAUAUUUCUUUGGAAUUUGAUAUAUUUAUGAGGAACUUGUCUGAUAAAAUAUGUUUGAUUAUUCAAAAUUUAGUUGAUAUUAAAUCUCUGGAUACAAAACAAAGCUCUGAUGGUAUUUUAGAAAAUUCUUGGCUUUUGAAAAAGCAUAAGUUUUUACUUAGUUCUUUAAGUGUUCUUGAAAUAAAAAAUAUUAAUCAUUUAUUGGAUAAGCUUAUAACUGAUAUUAAUGAUUUAAAUACAUCUGGUUUUUCAAACAUUCAAAUUUUAUUUAGUUUAAAAGCAAUAUAUUCUUUAUCUGCACCAAUAUUGAAUCAAUAUUUAGAAAUAUCUAAGUAUAUCUUGAAGAAUUUUAUGGAUCAUCAUAAGUCUUUGACAAAAUCUACUCUUCUAUUUUCACUUGUUUUAAAUACAUUGAUUGAGAAAGGCUUCUGUACUCCAAUUGAUAAUACUGUUAAUGAAAAAGAUGCUGUUACUCAAGGGACUGAAUUGGUUAAUGGCGAUAAUACUGAAGAUACAGUAAAUGAUCAUGAUAAUGAUCAAGACUUUGAUAAUUUAGAUAAUAUGGAUUCUCAAAAAAAUGAUGAUACUAAUAUAGAUGAUGAUACAAAAGCUAUUGAUGAUUUUGAUGAUGGUAUAUCAGAAAGCAAUUCUGUUUAUUCCAAUGAAGACUUUAAUGAUGAAGAUUUGGAUGAUGAAUUUGGAGAAAUUGAUCACCAUAAUUCUUCUACUCUAAAUGAAGAAUUCUGGGAUAAAGAAAAUAAUGAAUCACAGAAUAAUGAUACAAUUGAUACUCAAAAUUUGAAUAAUGAUAGAAAUGAAAUUGGAACUAGUCCUCAAAAAUAUGAAAAAGAGAUUCUGCCAGAUUCCAAGAAAGAUUUUGACCUUAAUAAUGAUAAAAAAGAUGAUGAAAUAAAUGAUAAUGAAGAGACUAUGGAAAAUGUUGAAGAAAACGAGUUUAAUGAAAGGUUAGAUCAUAUAGAUUCUUUAAAUUUACCAGAAGAUCUUCAUUUAGACGAUAAUAUUGAUAAAGAUAGUGCAUCUGAUAAUAAUAGUCAUUUGGAUAUGAAUUAUGAGGAAUUGGAUCAUAAUCAAUCAGAUUCUGUUAACAAUGAUUUUCAACAUCAAGACAAUUCUGUAAAUGAGCCUGAAGAUGAGUCUAAAAUUGAUCUAAGUGAUGAUAAACAAAUCAUACAUGAUAAGAAUGAAGAAAAUAUUAAGGAUAAUGAUGGAAAUAAAGAUGAUUCCAUGGAUAUUGAUACAGAAAAAGAUUUUGAAGGAGAUGAGAAUCAACAGGUUGCUGAAAAUUUAGCUGAGGAUCUUGUUGAUAAGAAUGAUUCUACUGUUUUAAAUACAGAUGAAGAUUUUUACAAAAAGUAUGGAAAUAAUGAGAGUUUUAAUAAAGAAUAUGAGGAUAAUGAUAAAGCUAUGAAAUUAGAAGCUAAAUAUAGUCAAUUGACUAGUAAUAAAUCCUCUUCUUUGAAAGAAAAUAAUGAUAAUGAUAGUAAAUGUCAAGGAAAUAAUACAGGUUUUGAAAAAGAGCAGGAAUUUGAUUCUACUGAAUCAUUAAAUGAUUCGUAUAGAAGUCUUGGAAAUACUCUUGAACAAUGGAAUAGGAUUAUUAGUAAUAUUUCUGAUCCAAAAGAUCAUGACAAUUCACUUGAUAAUGAUGAGUUAAAUCAAGAUGCUAAUCGGUAUGAAUAUAUGAAGGAUAAUGAUUUCAAAGAAGAUGCUCAAGUAGCAGGCUUUUUACCUGAAAAAGAGGAAAAAAAUGAUCUUGAUAUGGAAAAAGAUGAUUCAUAUAAUAUGAAUAAUUAUGAUCUAAAUACAGAUGAAAUAAAUUAUUCUUAUAUUGAUUCAAAAAUAGCAAAUAUUGAGAAUCUUGACUCUGAAAUUUCUGCUGCUGAAAUAGAUUAUCAAAAAAGGACUGAUAUAGAGCAAAAUAUCAAUGAAAUGUCUUUACAAAAUAUAACUAAUUUAGAUGAAAAAAAUUUAGAUAAUACUCAUUUUAAUACUUUAUCUGAUUAUGGAAUUGAUUCAUUGGAUCUCAUAUCUGUUGAUGAUGCUUUAAAUUUAUGGAGAAUUCAUGAGAAUUCUGUUCAUGAUUUAUCUAUUCAUCUUUGUGAACAAUUAAGAUUAAUUCUUGAGCCAACUUUAGCUACAAAAAUGCAAGGAAACUAUUCCACUGGAAAAAGAUUAAAUAUGAGACGUAUUAUUCCUUAUAUUGCUAGUCAAUAUAGGAAAGAUAAGAUUUGGAUGAGACGUACAAAACCUAGCAAACGACAAUAUCAAGUUAUGAUUUGUAUGGAUGAUUCUAAAUCAAUGGCUGAAUCUGAAUCAAUGAAUUUAGCAUUUGAAACUCUUGCUCUUAUAUCAAAGUCUCUUUCUCUUUUAGAAGUAGGUGAAAUUUGUAUCAUGAGUUUUGGUGAUAAACCUUUAUUGAUACAUCCUUUUAAGGAACCUUUUACUUCUGAUUCAGGUGCAAAAUUGAUUAGACAUUUUAAAUUUAAUCAAUUGACAACUGAUCUCAAAGCAUUAACUGAAAUUUCAAUAAAUAUGUUUAAAGAUGCAAGAAAUACCCUUCAUACUAAAUCUUCUGCUGAAUUAUGGCAAUUACAAAUCAUUGUAUCUGAUGGAAUAUGUGAUGAUCAUGAUUCUUUAAAACUUUUAUUAAGAAAAGCUUAUGAAUUAAAAAUUAUGAUCAUUUUUGUUAUUAUUGAUAUAAUUCAUGCAAAAAAAACCACUUCACUACUAGAUAUGAAACAAGUUCGUUAUAAAACAAUGGAUGAUCAUUCAACUUCUUUAGAAAUCAUUCAUUAUAUGGAUCAAUUUGCUUUCGAUCAUUUUUUAAUUGUUAGAGAUCUAAAUGAGCUACCUUUCGUACUUUCAAAUGCUCUUCGUCAAUGGUUCUUGGAAGUUUCUAUUUCUUAGGUCUUUAUUCUCUUUUUUAUGUAUUUUUAUUCAACUUAUACUA